AUCUGUCUGUCUUGUUCAAUAAUUCUUUCAGUGUCGUUUUAGUACAAAGGCCAUCGUCCAACUCGCGCUCUCUACGCAAUCUUCCCAUUUUUUCAACUAUGGCCACCAUGCAGUCCAACAACCGUGCCUCCCUUCUCAACGGUCUUCGUACUGGAGGCGUGCGCUCCACGUCCAUGUCUGGUCCUCAUACUGCCGCUCUGGGUGGUUCAUUCAACGUCCCACGCUUUGUGUCCAACCAACACUCUGUUUUCGUAGAGGAGGAGGAUGACAUGGAUGAAAUUGCCGAGCUUUUCUCACAAAACAUGUACAUCAACAAUCAGACAGCUCGUCCCCUGACUGCCACAGUAGACGGUUCAAAUAACCGCUUCGUACAGCAGCAAAUGGCUGCUCAGAGUGCCCUCAAUCCAAACAGUGUUCCAUUUUACCCUUCUUAUUCUCAGGGGAUGCAGCCACAAAAUCCUAGCGAGGUUCAGUUGCAUGCAUAUCAGCAGAUGCAGAUGAUGCAAUUGGAGAUUGCGCGGUUACAGUCUGAGCAGGCCCAACGUAAUGCUCGUGCUCAAGCUAUCCUCAUUCAGCACGCCUUGCGCCAGCAGAUGCAGAGCAGGUGUGCAAGCGCCACAAUUCCUUCCGCCACUGCUGGUCCUGUUGAAACAAGCUUUGAUAUCCGUCCUGUUGGCUCUCCGCCUGCCAGGCGUCCUAGUCAGGUUGAGCUUCUCAAGGCUCAGCUCGGAGUCCAGACUCCCCCACUUGAGGAACAGGUGCCAAUGACGGCCGCGCUAGGAGGACGAGUCGGUGCGCGUGUCACCUCUAGUGUCGCUUUCCCGAGUAGUCCCGAGACUCCGGUUAGGGGAUCAUCUCCUCCCGGGCAAACCACUGUGAUUAGUGGUGGUACGUCACUCGGAAAUUCCUUGCCCAGCGGUAAUGUCUACACAAUCAAAGAUAACACUCCUUCCAAGUCAGAUGUCGCUGUAUCUUGGCGCCGUGGAAGCACCACUAAUUCGGUUUUGAAUGGCCUCCGCACGGUCUCCGCUGUUUCUCCGAGCGUUAAAAUUACACCACCUCCUGGUGAACGUAUUUCACCCCCUCCUGGAAACGGUACUGCGUCUGCCAGCAAGGCGCGCCCACGCCCCUUGAGCUUUACGGCACCUCUUUCGCGUACGUUCCCUGUCAUUGCGCUGGACUCUGGCAGCGAGCAUGAGGAUGCCUAUUCAACUUCAAGUUCUGCCUCGCUCUCCAAUCCCACUACCCCCCACUCUUCAUCUUCUUUAGACACAUCACCGAUGUCUGCCCGCGAGGAAGCAGCCAAGAAAUUGUACGAGGGGCUGGGAAUGGGACGUCCUAUCUUACCUCCCUCGCCCGUUCCCAUCGCACAUAAAUUUAUCGGCCCUUUAAGACAGCCUCGUGGUCCGCCUUCUGGUGCUGAUGAAUUAGGUCCUAAGAACUUUGCCACGCGUGUGCGCCGUAAGGCUAUCGGCGGCCUGGGUGUUCUCAUGGGUGCUCGCGAGCGCAGGGAAGCAGUUGAGGCGUACUAAGCACGCUUGCUUGUUUCGGCCUAAUACAAAGUUCAACCAGCUCAACAUUUCGCUACUUCGACUUCAACAUUCCACUCUUUACGACAAAAACACUAUCAUCAUCGUCAACAACAAUAACUGCCUUGUGUGUCCAACCCUGGAACUUUAGGUUGGAACGGACACGUUAGUGCUAGCGCUUUGUUCAACUCGGCCUUCCCUUCAUUCAUUUC